CGGUUCCUGAGAACAAAAUAAGAAGCUGUAUGUGUGCUGUGAGGCUGCUGCAAAGGGCCAUGCUGCCCAGCAAGCUCCUGAUGCUGCAAAGGACCCCAGUGGCAGCUGUGUCAGGCCCAGUGACAGGCACCACGUGCAGCCUCUCGUCUGGACAAAGCCUAUCGUCCCCCCAUGGCAACAGAAGAUAACUUUGCAGCAGCUAAGUAUGAUGCUCCUGUUGCUGUCUACUGUGGGAGCGUCCCAAAAGUCAAACCCAGAUGCAGAGCUCUGCGGGCUGGAAGCAUUGAUUCAAACUUGCAGCUUUGUGGCAGCAGAUGGAUUACUGAAGAAGGAGGAGCCAUCUCUUCCCUGGAGGGCUGGGACAGCAAGGCUAGUGUGCAGGACCUUGAUGCCGGGGCUGGAAGCAAUCUCUCCUCCCUUCCUCAUCCCCAGGAAAGGGAGGUGAGCAGUGCUGCCUUGGAAACUACUCAGAUCAAGGACAAGCUGAAAAAGAGGAGGAUGUCUGAGGGCCUGUUAGCCCCACAGAGAGGCCUAACUGACAGCAGUGACCUGAAGGAGCUUGCCUUAAAGCCAGCAAUUUCCAGGUCAGCUUCCCAGAGGCUCCUGGUAACCUCCAAGCCCGUGCCCCCCAUCCAGAACAGUCUUCCUCCCCUACAGCCUGGCUGGAUGAGCAAUGGGGAGCAGGAGCUUAGGGAGGAUGGCACAGAUCAUGGUGGCAAGGAAGGCAACCACAAAGAAUUGACAUCAGAGGCUUCACUGCAGCUUCUGUACUGCAGUGACGAGGAAAGGAAGAAGUCACUGGGGGUGGCUUUGAUUCCUCCCAUCCCCAAGUCAGCAAGACCAUCUGAUGGGGAUCCUGGCAGCACUGAAAUACCUCUCCCAAGCUUGCAGCAGCUGGUUUCUCAAGAGCCCCUGGAGAUGAGGCCAAGAUCAGGCAGCAGAACAGAAGAGAAGACCCCUAUGUCUCUGGAACUCCGGGCUCUGGAACCCAUCUUGCCUAUUCCCCAGCAUCGUGUUGCCUGUAGCAUGAAGUCUGCGGGGCAUCUGUGUGAACCUGUGCCCCCGCUGGCAGAUCUGCCCCUCAGCCAGGCCAAAGAGAUGGAUCACCUUUCAAGUCCUUGCCUUCUGAAGGACAGUGACUGGAAGGACAGCACUGGAAGGAUCCAUAUCACCAUAUCCAAAUCUGCUCAGGAGAAAAUGCGCCAGAAGCAAAUAAAAGAGAUGGAGCUUUUGCUCAGAGAGAGGGAGAAAGAGAGAGCAAAGGAGAAGUCAUUGCAGGUCUCCUCUUGGAGUGCUGACCCUGGGGGUGUGGCUGGAGAAGACUUUGGCCCACCGCACAUCAAUGGGGCACUCUCCAUCUCCUCCAGCACCAGCAAUGCGUGCAGGUCAAGCAUUGGUACCACAUUGAGGAAGCGGGUCAACAGGCCUUCCUUACCCAGCAUCCCUGUCAUCAGCCAGGAUACCAGCUUCCCACGGCACUCCUCAGCAAACUCACUGCCAGCCAUUGCUUUGGGCUGCCUGGAGUGGGGAGAGGAGCCUGAAUGUGGGGACGCCAGGGAAACCAGACCCUUCUCUCAUCCAGAGCAGGGGCUGCUCGAUGCACUCGCAUGGCUCAGCAGCAGUGACUGGCAGCUGAAGGGGAAAGGACUCUUCAGCAUCAGACGCUUGGCCAUCUGCCACUCGGAAAUCCUCCUCAGUAGACUUCAUGAUGUUACCUUGGCAGUUACCAAAGAGGUGAACAACCUCCGCUCGAAGGUGUCUCGCUUUGCAAUCAGCACUCUUGGAGAGCUCUUCAGGAUCAUGAAGAAACACAUGGACCAGGAGGUAGAGGAGGUUGCUCGGGCCUUGCUGCAGAAGACAGGGGACUCCAGCGAGUUCAUUCAGAAAGCAGCUGAUCGAUCCCUGGGGAUUAUGGUGGGGAGUGUGACUCCUGCAAGAGCAAUGGCUGCUCUCCUGGCUGGUGGGGUCAAUCACCGCAAUGUCCUGGUCCGGAGGUACGCAGCAGAACACCUGCUGACUGUGAUGGAGCAGAUUGGAGCUGAGAAGCUCCUGUCAGGCACACGUGACAGCGUCGAGCUUCUUGUUCACAUGCUGGUCAAGCUUGCUCAGGACUGCAAUCAGGAUACAAGGUUUUAUGGACGGAAGAUGCUGAAUAUAUUGAUGAGUCAUCCAAAAUUUGAUGGACAUUUGAAACAAUUUCUCCCCUCCCGUGACUUGCAAGUUGUUAUGGCAACAAUUAAGCAGAAAGGGAUGGAAGACCGUAUGUCUGAACCUCCAUCUGCCAAAGGCCGCAGGGAGUCUAGGAACAGUGGCUUGAUGACAUCCCAGGAAAACUUGCCUUCUGAUGAAGGGUCCAGCUCUGAUGUCCUCCUCUUACCCCAUCAGACAGUUCGGCGCACAUCACUUCGCACUGUGGAAGAGAUGGAACAACUCAAGGAGCUUAACAAUCUCCUGUCAGCAAAGGAGUUUCAGACACGAAUAGAGGGUGUCAUGCUCCUCCUAGAUCACUGCAAAAGCAACCCUCAGCUGAUCUCAGCAAAUAUUGUCCAGAUUUUUGAUGUUUUUGUCCUGAGACUUCAGGAUUCCAAUAAGAAGGUGAAGCAGCAGUCACUGGAAGCUCUGGCUUCAGUUAUACCCAUUCUCAGAGACACCUUACACCCAGAGCUGGUUUCUCUGGUAGCAGCAGUCACCGACAACCUGAACUCGAAGCACACAGGGAUUUACACCGCGGCUGUGAAGGUACUGGAAGCAUCCAUUGCUCACCUAGACAAUGCAUUACUGCUGCAAGCAUUGGCCCACCGAGUGCGUUUCCUCAGCGGCCGAGCCAUGCAGGACAUCACGGAGCAGCUCUCAGUGCUUGUGGCAUCUGUUUAUCCCCGGAAAGCCCACGUGGUCGAGCGCUACGUCCUGCCCGUGCUCUGGUUCUUCCUGAGCAACAUGAUUGGAAAUGGUGUCCUGCCCGGGCGAAGCAGCAAUGUCAGGGCUGCAGUCACCAAGCUUGCCAAGAGCCUCCACCAAGAGAUGGGCUCCAGCCUCAAGGAGCAUGCUGCCAGCCAGCCUCCGCAUGUGGCAAAACACCUCUGGCACGUUUUGGAUGGUCAGUGAAGAAGGCUUGGUGUCCUCCAUGCAGCUGGCGGAGACCCUGGCAUUGGUUUUACUCUGGUUUUGAAGCACCAGAUUUAUCCUACAGAGUUUAUAGCUACAGACAUGCACAAUCUAUUUUGAUGUAGGCUAUUUUUUAAAAAAAGGAAGUAUUUUUCAAAGCUUUUAUUUCUUGAGCUCCUCUUUCCUGCAGAACUUACGUAGACAUGAAAAAGAAAUAAAAACCCAUGUGUAAAUGCAACUUGUAACUGUAAAAAGGAAAAUUAAUAUAUUUAUAUACAUACUUGGAAGGUGAGAGAUACGCAUAUAUAUUUACUUACAAUGUAAGAGAUGGGUUUUGUAAACAUAUGAGCUGCAGGAUUAGAUAGCUUGCUGUCAGUGCAGUAGCAGACACACAGGUCAAGCUCUCUGGUACCAGAACAGGAGAAAUCCCCUUGGCUUUGCUGAAAUUCCCCUCCUAUUUCAAAGAGUGUAUCUUGUCUAUAGUCCCCUUUCCUUCCUCAUGAAACAGGCUGAUGCACAGAGAUCUUGGGGCAGCAGUGGGCUGAGGGUAUAACACACAGUCUGGAGUGUGGUAAGCUGUGGUUGGCACAAAGCCUAAUCUUUGUUUAACAUAUACAUUUACUUAAUGUCUAAAAAGAUAGAUAAAAAAGAAGAAAUUCAGUGUUUGCCUUAUCCAUGGAUGAAUAAGCACUUCUUGAUCUGAGAUUCAGGAGAGAAGGUAAGUGCCAGUUCUUUGCCACACAAAGGUUUGGAAGUACACAGGGGAGAAAUCAUGAAAGAAAAGAGGACAAGCUGAAAGCAGCAGAUGCUGAUGCUUACUCAGAUAAGAAAAUAGAAGAGCUUGAUCUAUGCUCAUAUGCUGGCAGAAUUGUGAAAGAAACUAAAAUGGAAGUUUUGGAGAGAAGAAAAAACUGAAAACUAAUGGUAUGAGACACAGUGGGACUAUAGUAAAAGGACCUUGUAUGAGGUUGAGAGUCAAAGAAUAAGCAGGGAGAUCUCUCCAGCCCAAGAGUCCUGGGGUUUUUUAUUUUCUGCACCUGAUUUGUAUGUCUAAAGCCAAGUAACUUCAACUUACUAGAUAAUAUUGUCACAUUCAGUCACCUAUUCAGGAAACACUUUUUCAGUACAUAACUGAAGCAGUGGAAUUAUGUCUCUUUUUGCAAAGAUAUGGCAUGGGAUCUAGGCCAGGAACUUGGCUCUGAGACACUGGUGUGCCAGGAGAUCCUGCAGAGCCUGCUAGAAGCCAUGGGUCCGUAGAGAUGGUGCAGUGCUUUACAGUUUAGCAUCCUGACUAACAGUUUAUCAAAACCAGGUGUGAUGGUGUUCUGCAGAGUACCACCAUGCACCAAAACAUUAAGUGGGGAAUGAAGAAUACUAGAGGGUGGCUGAGUUUAAACAGUUGAUCUUGAACAGUGUCACUUCAUUAAACUGCUGAAGUUGGCUGCUGAAUGAGUUCUACUUUUAGGCAAUCAUUUUUGUAGCAGGUGGCAUCCCUAGAGGACUUGGUCUUGCUUCUUCCACCUCCAGAGUUGCUCUUGCUGUUUCCCUCUGUGGAUCAUCCCUCUGGAGCCCUGUACAUGCUGCUGUGCACAAGCUGCUUUCGCUGGGCUAAGUAGAAACUCUUUGUUUUUACUUUAUCUGUGCUUGCAUCCUUGGGGAUGCAGGGAGGAAUAUCUGCACUAGGGAGAAAAAGUUUUUUUGUGCACCUCAGAAUAAACCUCCUAGAGCUUAUUUUUUAUGUGUUUAGUUGUAGGACUUGCAAAGUAUGUUUAAGAAGUAACUUGUAUAACUGGUUUAUUAACUCCUUGCUGGCCUUGAGCAUAACUUUCAUGUAUGCCCCAUAGUAAAUGAGAAUAAAGCAUUGCCUGCUGGUACCUAUUUUCUGUCCAGGUGGUUGUUUGCUCUUUUGUUGUGUUUUUGAAACAGAAAACCUCUCCAGCCAAGGCAGUUUCCCUAUGACAGAGGCACUGUCUUACCACAGAGAAAUCAAAUUUAGCCAUUAAAGUGUCUGUUUGCAGCAAGUAGAGAGAAAUAGGGGUUAAAUAGUAUGUGUUAAUGCAGUUCAGGUGAGCUCUCCUGCCAGCUGCUUGCACUUAAGAAGUUGCUGUGCAGCCAUUAGAGUAUUUGGAAGCAAGGAAAAGGGCAGGG